AUGCAAGAGGCUACCUCGAUGCACCCAUGGUCGCGACACUGGUACCUGCAGGACCAUGUCCUCUUCCGGAAGCGAGACCAGUGGGACAUGCUGGUGACAAAGGCGACUCCGGGUAUUGACGGGUGGACCGACCAUCGUCUCGCCAUCUCCAAGAUGCAGAUUAACCUACAGCCGCACAAGAGACCUCGAGGCAAGCGACCACCAAGUAAGCUGAACACUGCUUUGUUGCCUGCUCACCAUACCAAUAUCAGCAAUGAACUAGCUCAAAGGUUAGCCAACCUUACGGUCGCCGCCGCCGCUGAUGAAAACGCCUCCGUAGAGAAAUGAUGGCGUCAACUGCGGGAAACAGUCCAGUCAACGACCCUGGCUGUCCUCGGUCACGCACGGCGCCAACAUCAGGACUGGUUUGAUGACGACGCCGCCAUCAGCAACCUGCUCGACGAGAAGAACCUCCUGCACGAAGCCUACGUCACCCGCCCCACCGAUGACAAUAAAGCAGCCUUCUGUCGUAGCCGCCGUCUUGCGCAACAGCGGCUGCGGGAGAUGCAGGACGCUUGGACGGUUCGUAUGGCCGAGGAGAUCCAAGGGUACGCAGGUCACAACAAAUGGAAGAACUUCUUCACCGCGAUCAAGGCUGUCUAUGGUCCAACAACCAAAGCAAAUGCUCCUCUUCUCAGAGCCGACUGCAGUACCCUACUCACCGAGAAGACACAAAUUCUUCAGCGAUGGACCGAACACUUCAGAAGUGUCCUCAACCGUCUCUACACCAACUCCGACGCCGCCAUCGCCCGUCUGUCUCAAGUAGAGACCAAUGCCGACCUCGACCUCCCGCCUUCUCACUACGAAGCCAUCGGGGUCGUGCCGCAGCUCUCCAGCGGGAAAACGUCCGGAUCGGACGCGAUCCCUGCUGAGAUCCACAAGCACGAUGGGCUCCAACUCAUGGAUUAUCUGACGGUGCUCUUCUAG